AUGAGAGCACCAACUGUGGCAACCGUCAAGUGGUGUAAAUACAAAGGAAAAUGCCCUUGGUGUGAUGGUAAACACGUUUUACUUAUGUGCAGAAAAGUAAAAAACACAGCUGAUAGUAAAGUCGACGACGUGAACAAGAAGACGGAAGACCUAACCCUAAAUUGCAGCAACGUGUCAAAGAAGCUUGGGUUAAAAGCUAUGUCGCAACAAACGAUGGUGCAUUUACUAUUUGGUGGCGAGAGUACGGAACUACGAGCUCACCAGCAGUAUCAGAUUACUAUAAGUCGUUUGAAUAAGAAAUAUGAACAUAUCGUCAACGUUUUUCACGAGAAGUCAAUCUGCUGCGAUUUUCCAACGGUCACGCUCGGGGAUUGGCUCCAAUCGAUAGAAAGAAAAGGAAUCUGCCUAACGGAUAUAAAUGGCAGUGGUUGUGAAACUAUGUCGAUGUUGAUUGGAGGACCUAGUGCUAUUGAAACAAAGCUUGGCUGGACGUUGAUGGGACGCAGUGGUAAGACGAAGACCUGUCGUAAAGAUACGGCGCUGACUGUAAUUUCGAUGUUUAAUCGAGAGUCUCGUGUAUCAGAUCUGUGGGAGCUAGACGUAUUGGGCAUCACCGAUCCCACUGCAACUUUAAACAAAGAAGAGCGUCUUAUUGAAAUCAAAAAACGUUUUGUGGACACUAUUAAGAUAAAUGACGAAGGACGCUACGAGGUUUUGAACUACUGGCGCCGAUUGGGCAUCAUCGAGACGGCACCACUGAAUAAAGCCGACGGCUACUUUUUACCUCACCGGCAUGUUAUCAAAGAUAACAGUACAAUGCCCUUAAGGCCAGUGUUCGAUGCGUUGGCGAGUAGUGGGAACGGGCCAUCCUUGAACCAGUGUCUGGAGACAGGUCCUAACCUCAUACAGCUCAUUCCCAGCGUAUUGCUCAGGUUAAGAGAAAAUGAGAUAGGCGUCGUGGCAGAUAUCGAGAAGGCUUUUCUGCAGAUCAGCAUCGCACCCGACGACCGUGAGGUUUUACGGUUUUUAUGGUGGGAUGAAAAUAAAGCUGAUCUGAUGAGGGUCCUACGACAUUGCCGGGUUGUUUUUGGCAUCAAUAGUAGUCCUUUCAUGCUUGCGGCCAUCAUAGAAUAUCAUCUUGAUUCAGCGCUGAAAUCUCAUUGCUCACCCGUGCCUACAAGAGAAGAUGCACUGCGUUUCCAAAAACAUACGGUGGAGAUCAUGGAUCAAGCUGGUUUUAGACUCAGAGGCUGGGAUUUUACAGGUCAACUGAAAGUUUUGGAUCAACCGUAUACUAAGAAAAAGAUCUUUUCGGCUGCCCACAGGGUUUUCGACCCUAUGGGUUGGGCGUGUCCAUCCAUGUUACAGCCUAAACUCCUACUGCAAGAGCUUUGGGAGUGUGAUCUGCAUUGGGAUUCUCCGGUACCAGCUGAUAUUUCCGAGAAGUUCGAGAGGUGUAAGGUUGCUUAUGCUGCGACUAUUUUUUCUAGAGUACAGACGAAAGAGGAUGUGGCAGUGCACCUAGUCCAAACAAAAUCAAGAGUUACACCCACAAAGGAAAAAAUAACUAUACCUAGGAUGGAGUUACUUGCUACAGUUCUGGGUGCAAGACUAACUAGAAUGGUGUUGCAGUCACUGGAGUUUGAGCCAGUUUUAGUUACGUAUUGGUCAGACUCUAAGGUGGUUCUGGCAUAA